AUGAACGUCGUCGCCGCCCGCCACGCCCGCGGCCAACGCACGCGCAUCGCUCUCCUCGGCCUGGCCCCUUUCUUCCUCGCCUGGACGCUCAUCCCCGCCUACUUAUCCCUGAACCCGGAGAUCCUGCACUCCCACCUCGUGCCCUUCGCCUUCUACGUCGGCCUCAUAAACGCCUACUCAGUCGGCCAAAUGAUCACCGCGCACCUGACCAAGUCGCGCUUCCCCUACGGCAACGUGCUGCUGCUCCCCCUGCUCUUCGGGGUGGUCGAUAGUCUGGGCCCGUGGCUGCAGCAGCGGCUGGGGGUGGGCUGGCCGUCAGCGCUCGGGGGUGGCGUGUAUCAGGUUGCGUUUGUGUUUUUGUGCGUCGGGGUCGCGGUCGGGGUGUACGGCAGCUUUGUGGUCGAUGUGAUUACGAGUAUUUGCGACUAUCUGGAUAUUUGGUGCUUGAGUAUCAAACACCCGUAUUUGGAGACGGAGCAGGGGCAGGUGGAGGAUAAGAAGGGGAAGUAA